AUGACUAUAUACAUGGUACAGUACUACCUGACACGUUCGAGGUGUUUUGAAUCCCGGUUGAGAAUCACUGAUCUAAAGCAAAGUCUAACGCCCACCGACUCCGCUACCCCCAAGCAUGGGGCAGCCUCUCGCCCCCGUGUCGUGGACCCCGCACGCCCCCGCCCACAGCACGUGGCCACGGCACCCCGGACAAGAACGCCGCGGGCGACGAAGACGGCCGCUGCCUCAAGAAGAACGUCAGCCCGAGGCGCGCCCCCGGCUAGGCCCACCUCCACGGCCCCCGCGCUGCACAGGCCCCCUGGCAGGCCCCCGCGCUCACCCCACUCCCCGGUGAACAGUAACAAGGCCCCAGAGCCUCCUCCCCGCCGCGCUCCCAAGACACCCUCCCCGAAGACCCCCGAGGUUAAGCCUGCUCCCGACGCGGCGCCCCAGUCCACCGCCACCCCCUCACCUCCUGAGGCUAAAAGCCCUUGCCGCAGACCCCAAGGCCCCCAGCCCCGAGGUGAAGGAGCCCCACACCCCAGACCCCAGACCAACAGGCACACUCGACACCAAGAUGCCCCGCACCACAGACGCCUAGGCACCGCGGACCCCCGAGGACAAGCCUUCCCAUACUCCAGGCCGCCACCCCCUGACGCCAAGCCUCCACCUGUCCCUGACACCAAGCCCCUACCUGCGCCGUCAUCUCCGCCCAAGCACACAGAGUGA